AUGCCCACUCUCACAGGGUCAUGUAUUUGUCGGAAUAUCGAAUACGACCUGAAGCUCGCGUCGAUUGAUGAUGCGAGAACAUCUCUCUGCCAUUGCCGUAACUGCAAGAAAGCCUUUGGAACUAAUUAUGGCCUGACAGCCAAAGUCCCAAAGGAGACAUUCAAUCUCACCAAAGGAAUACCAAAAGAGCAUGUUGCAGAUAACGGAUCUGGAGCUAUGAUUCAUCGUGAAUUUUGUGACAAUUGUGGUAGCUUCAUCCUAGAAUAUGGGGAUGCUGCCAAAGACCAUUUUCGCUACAUCUGUGUCGGAUCCUUAGACGACCCGGAAGCAUUACCCCCCAAGGGGGAGUUCUUCUGCAAGGAUCGGGCGAGCUGGAUGCCGGAUAUUCCGAAUGUAUUCCACAAGCAGACGGUAAAUGAGUAA